UAAUGCGGGAGUGUUUGUAGCUUUUUGGGUGUGCAUAUCUUGGACCAUUUGGGCAUUUCUACCACUUAUUGUUGGAUAAGUUGUUCAAGGGCAAAAAAGACAUGACAAUAGUUGCCAAAAAGGUGUUGCUUGAACAAGUGACAUCUUCUCCGUGGAACAACUUGAUUUUUAUGCUUUACUAUGGGCUUGUUAUCGAGGGAAGAUCAUGGAUCCAAGUGAAAUCUAAAAUCAAGAAGGAAUACCCCACAGUACAAUACGCAGCUGCCAUGGCUUUGCCACCUUUAUCUAUUCGAGGUGAUUUGGGAGUUGUUUCUACUGCUGGAGUUAGAUAUGCAUAUCCACUCCUAAAAUCAUUUGCAAAAAUGGGACCUCAAGGUGUUCUUGGUGCCACAAAGCUUUUACGCCCUUUUUCAGAAAUAGUUGAUUCAUUGGGACUCAAAGAUCCUUUCAUUAGAAAUUGGGUGGAUCUUUUGUCUUUCUUACUUGCUGGAGUGAAAUCCGAUGGCGUUCUUUCAGCAGAAAUGAUUUAUAUGUUUGCAGAAUGGUAUAAACCAGGUUGUAGUUUAGAAUACCCUGUUGGUGGAACUGGAGCACUUGUUGAGGCUCUUAUUCUCAGAUUUUCCUUCUGAUAAACUUCCAAAAAU